CGCAUUCUCUCAAGACAUACUCUACCAGAAGGCUUUUGAAAUGUCUGGAGAAACAAAUUUCAGUUUAUCAAACACUACUCUUGAUGUUGGGGAUUAUCCCAUUGAGCUUGAAAGCCCAUUCGAUGGACACGAUGGAAUCACCGGUGUGUGCCUCCUAAUUGUCUUCGUCCUCAGCAUGGUGGGCAAUGGCCUGGUGGUGAGUGCCCUUGUCUGCCUGGAGGACUUGCGGCGCGUCUCCAACCUCUUCUUCCUCUGCCUUGCCUCAUUCGAUCUCCUCUUCACACUCACACUGCCGUUCUGGGCUGUCUACUUUCUGUACCACUGGGUAUUCGGCGACAUUGCCUGUAAGCUCUUCACUGGAGCCUACUUUGUUGGACAGUACGGGAGUCUCAUGCUUCUGACGGCCAUAACGCUGGACCGCUUCUGUACUGUGGUGCUGAAGGGACGGUACACAGCCCAACCAGGCCGGAGGCUGCGCUAUGCGCGUGUGGUCUGUGUAGCUACGUGGGUCAUCAGUGUGAUCAUGAGCCUCAGAGAGGUCCUCAUCUCCGUCCAUUCUUCCACAAAUGGAACAUACUCAUGUGAAAUUGAAGAGGUGGAAGACAAGUUUUGGACCUACAUGCAGAUAGUUUUUCUCUUUCUGCUUCCUCUUGUCAUCAUUGUGUGUUGCUAUAGCUGUAUUUUCAGGACAGUGCUAUCUGUCCCAAAUAUGAGAGGCAGGUAUGGGACAGUUGUGCUACUGUUUAGUAUUGUCACUGCUUUCUUCAUCUGCUGGGGACCCUACAAUCUUGUGUUGUACCUAUUCACAGUUCUUGAUCUAUCAGUCUGGGAAACAAAUGAGCACAUAUACCUUGCAUACGUCAUUUGUCGGAUCCUUGCUUAUUCUCACUGCUGCAUCAAUCCGCUGCUUUACAUGCUAAGGCCGAGGUUCAGGAGCCUGUUCUGCAGACUCGCCCAUUGUUCGGAGAAUGCUAAUAAGCCAAUCAGUCAUUCUGCUAUUGAAAAGUGUGUGGAGAUGACGCUGAUGGAGUAAGGCUAAUAUAUGAAUAUUUGCAAGAUAUAUUUUAACUGGUCUGAUCAAAGACUGUCACUAUUUAACUAUUUAAGAGUGCUUUUAUUCUGCUUUUGUGUCUCUUCAAUAUACAGCAACAGACAGAAUCAAAUCAAAACAAAUCAAAUAUUAAAUCAAUAGUAUUUUUGUCUGUGUACUAGCUACUUCUGUUUGUAUUAAUGGUUACUUCUAAAGCAGUGAUGGAUUUGUAAAAAAUGUUAGCCUUGUCAUGGAGUUGAAGCAUCAAAAAUGGGCGUACCCUUCUGCAGACGUCUUUAAACACAGAGCUUCAAGUCAUCCAGCUUAGACUCGUCUUUAGCAUACUAGCAGCAGUCACAAAAAAUGCUCCUAAAAUCCUGCACUUGAUGGUAAUGUAAAAUGCAUUCACAUUUUUUAUGACUAUUAUACCAUUAUGUACAAUUAGCCUACUGUUAUUUAAUAUAAGUCUACUGUUGUUUUUCUUAUAUUUUUUGAAGU